AUGACCAACCAAUCUACUGUGAGAGAGUUUGUUCUGAUGGGAUUUUCUGAUGAACGGGAUUUGCAAAUGCUGUACUCUCUGAUGUUUCUUAUUGUUUACAUAACAGCCUUAACAGGAAAUGGUCUCAUUGUAAUAGCAGUGGCACUCGACCACCACCUUCACAGUCCAAUGUACUACUUUUUGGUCAACCUCUCCCUUUUAGAUAUCUGUUCCAUCUCUACGACAGUUCCCAAAUCCAUAGCUGUUUCAUGGACAAACAACAGACAGAUUUCUUUUGCCGGGUGUGUCACUCAGAUCUUUUUAAUGGUCACAUUUGUUGGUGGCGAGCUUGCUUUGUUAACCAUCAUGGCUUAUGACCGUUAUGUAGCCAUCUGCCGUCCUUUGCAAUACAGGCUGAUCAUGAACUGGAAUGCCUGCAUUCAAAUGGUAGCAAUUUCCUUCAUAUGCAAUCUGAUCCAUGCGGUGAUAGAAACCAGUAUGACUUUUCGUUUAAACUUCUGUGGAUCCAAAAUAAUUGGCCAGUAUUUCUGUGACAUUCCUCAGUUACAAAAGAUUUCUUGCACAGAUACAAAAGUCAAUCAAAUGGUGAUACUUCUUGGGUUCCUUUUGGACUCCUUUAUUUUUGCUUUCAUCUUUGCUUCUUACACCUAUAUCUUCUCGGCAGUGAUGAAAAUUCCAUCAGUUCAAAGCAGGCACAAAGUUUUUUCAACCUGUACUCCCCACCUAACUGUUUUUUCUUUAUUUAUCGUCACAGCUGUAUUUUCAUAUAUGAGACCCAAAUCACUCUCUACUCCUUCUGUGGACUUGCUUUCUGCUGUUUUGUACACAGCUUUGCCACCAGUUUUGAAUCCUAUUAUUUACAGCUUUAGGAACAAGGACAUACAAAAGGGUCUCCUGAAAAUUCUGAAAAAGAUAAGUAUUUUGUGA